AAGAUCUAUACACACCAAUCCUAUGUUUCCUUAUUUGUUCUAAAAAUCAAAUUUUUUUUCAUUCCCAUAUCAUCAUCUUUUUGUCCUUUUAUUACCAGAAUUUCUUCCUUAAUUCGUGCUAAAUCAUUUUCCCAACAAUCAUUCUUUUUGUUGUUGUAUGGGCAGCUAACUAAGAUCUUUUUCUUCUGUGUUGUUUUCCUAUAUAAAACAACUACUUACAGAGAUCAAUUUGUUCUUCAUUGGUUAAUCAAAAUGGUCUGGUUAGUGAAGAAUGUUCUUGUCUUUGUUACAUUAUUACUCUCUUCAGUUUUUGUAAUAAUAACAGAAUCAGCUCCAGAGUCUGCUCUUGUUACCAAACUCCCUGGCUUCGACGGCACUUUCCCUUCAAAACACUACUCCGGGUAUGUGACAAUAGAUAAGGAGCAUGGGAAGAAUAUGUGGUACUACUUUGUUGAAUCAGAGAAGAAUCCUUCGAAAGAUCCGGUCGUACUAUGGCUUAAUGGUGGUCCAGGUUGUUCAAGCAUGGAUGGAUUCGUGUAUGAGCAUGGUCCUUUCAAUUUCGAGCUACCAAAGAAAAACAAUAGUCUCCCACUCGUGCAUCUUAAUCCUUAUAGUUGGUCCAAGGUCUCUAACAUAAUGUACCUUGAUUCUCCUGUUGGUGUGGGAUUCUCUUACUCAAACAACAAAUCAGAUUACAAUACCGGCGACAUGAAAACCGCGGUUGACUCUCACGCGUUCCUUCUCAAGUGGUUCCAAAUGUUUCCUGAGUUCCAAUCGAAUCCUUUUUUCAUCUCUGGAGAAUCUUACGCUGGAGUUUAUGUCCCAACUCUUGCUUCAGAAGUUGUCAAUGGGAACAAAAACGGGGUAAAGCCGGCUCUUAACUUCAAGGGAUAUUUGAUGAAUGGAGGGCAUGGAUAUCGAACACACAAGAUUGAUGAAUGGAGGGCAUGGAUAUCGAACAACCAAGUCGCGGGGUAUACGCAAGGAUAUGCAAACAAUCUCACAUUUUUAACCAUCAAGGGUGCAGGACAUACGGUUCCUGAGUACAAACCGCGGGAGUCGUUAGACUUCUAUAGCCGGUUUCUAGCAGGAAGUAUGAUUUAAGAGAUCUGUGUUAUGAGUUUCAUGUUCUGUCCUGUAUUUAAAAGUGUUCAUCCUAUUGUAUCUUGACUGAUUUGAAUAAAACAGAUAUGUUCUUCUUCA